AUGCCUCUCUGGCGAAUCUUCUCCCACCCCAGCACGUUCUCGCCAACCCAAAGACAAGGCCUCGCCAAGGCGGUAACAGCGCUGUACGUCUCGCGCGGCCUCCCCGCAUUCUACGUCAACGUGAUAUUCAUCGACUUGCCCGACGCGGAUGGCACCAAUCCCUCAUGCUUCGUGGGCGGUGAGCCACGGCCCAAUUUCGUGAGGAUCGUCGUCGAGCAGAUUGCACGGACCAUGGCGAGUAGUGAGACCGAGGAAGGCAAGGAAAGGCGGCGGAAGUGGAUGGAUAUGAUUAACGAGACCUUGAAGCCGUAUAUCAUCGACAAGGCCGAAAUCGACUGGGAAUUGCACAUCUACGAGACCCCACGGGACCUCUGGAGAGUGCAAGGCAUGGACCCGCCGCCAGCAUUCUCCGGCGCAGAGAAGGAGUGGGUUGAGAAGAACAAGCCCAUGCCGUAUUGA